AUGGCCAGCAAAAGGCAUGUCCUGUUCACCUGGAUACCAAAGAACAGGGUGUUCAGUGCUUCUACCCCACCACCGCCAGCCAACAGUGCGUUCGCUGCGCGAUGGGUAACGCUAGCUGUGCCGUCGACUAUGUCGCUGGCGACAAGUACGACCAGGAGGCCCAGCGAUUGCGGGGGGUUCGCCGCGUCGUUGGAUAUCAACGACCCUGUGGCCACGCUUGCCUUUCAGCGCUAUAUCGAGGUCACCGGUCAAAGUCUGUUCACCGAGAAGCUCAAACCUGACGACUUGAACCGAUGGAAUUGUGGUAACCACUUAACAGGAACGAAGCAAUAUACUGCUAUGGGGCAUUCUUCCGAGUGA